UGAGAGCUUAGAAUUCUAAAAACACCAGACCGUAAAAUACAGAGCGUUUUUUUUAGAAAACAACCAACAAUUUGCUUUUAAAUUGUAUUGUCAAAUUAUUCCAAAAACCAAAGAUCCUAAAAUCACAUAAAAUUUUUUCUCAGUGCACAAACACUUUAAACGGUUUUCGUGCCUCAAGACAAAUUGAUUUGAUAAUGGUUAUUAGAGGCAUGAGCUAAUCAUAUUAUUAUUAUUUCCUGGCGGUUAUUGAAUGCUCUUCCGACAUAUAUCAAAUUCUCAGAAAUUACUUCGCAGUAAGCAACCUAUAAGUAACACAGUUGCGCUCAAAUCAUUUCCAUUCCAACAAGUGCAAGAUGUUGCUGAAAUUCUUAUCGCAAAACUAUCCAACAGAGAAAAAUGUUUUUCUAAUACCAAAGUUCGCGCUACGCAUCGUCGGUUUCUAUCCGGGGGACAGUAAAUCUCGACUAAUGCACGCAUGGCUCAUUUUCAAUAUGUUCGUACUGGUCUACGGUUCCUAUGCGGAAUUCAUGUUUGGCGUCCACUAUCUAUCGAUCGAUGUGGUACGCGCUUUGGACGCACUCUGUCCGGUGGCAUCAAGUAUUAUGGCGAUAGUGAAGUUGUCUUUCCUAUGGUGGCAUCGUGCAGAGUUGAAUUGCAUAAUCAAACGAGUUGCUGAGUUGACUGCUGAACAGAAAAGUCCACUAAAGUCGUACUAUAAACACCGUUAUUUUACAACUGCAACACGUCUUUCGGCAGCUGUUUUGUGUUUCGGCACCACCACGAGUACAUUGUAUACCAUAAGAGCGGCUAUGGUGAAUUAUUCAAGUUACUUGCGUGAAGAGAAGAUUCCUUAUGAGACGCCAUUCAAAAUGAUUUUUCCGCAACCGUUACUUUCCAUGCCUAUAUUUCCGCUCACAUUCAUACUCUCGCAUUGGCAUGGCUACAUCACCGUUGCCGGUUUUGCCGGCACUGACGGUCUCUUCCUCUGUUUCUGCAUGUAUAUUGGCACGCUCCUGAAGGCUCUGCAAUUUGAUAUGAAAGAUCUACUCUCGGACGUUGACAGUGUCACGCGUAAAUCGACCUCAGAAUAUGAAUUCAGGGAGAGUUUGAAGUUGAUUAUAGCGCGACACAAUGAAAUUAUAGAUUUGGUUAAGCGAUUUUCGGCCGUUAUGUCGGGCGUAACUUUGGCACAUUUUGUGACAUCGAGCGUUAUAAUUGGAACUUGUGUAGUGGAUGUGUUGUUGUUCUCCGAUUUGAGCGGGAUUUUCGUCUAUUCAGUUCACACAAUGGCCGUUACUAGCGAGUUGUUCCUCUACUGCCUUGGCGGCACAGUGGUCAUUGAAUGUAGCUCUCAGCUGGCCACUGCGGCUUACGAUAGUCAAUGGUAUACUCAUAGCGUGGAAGUUCAAAGAAUGGUGCUUUUGAUUAUUAUAAGGGCACAGCGCAGUUUGGUAGUGAAAGUACCGUUUUUUGCACCCUCACUGCCAGCACUAGCUUCCGUAAGUCAGCCAUUGAGGUUAUGUAGAGUAUUUGAACUGUAGUUAUUUUUUAGGGAAUUUUUAGUAAAAGUAAUAUUUUGUCUAAAUUUCUUACCAUUGCAGAUUUUACGUUUCACUGGUUCUCUGAUUGCUCUAGUAAAAUCGGUUGUUUAAUUUCGAGAACUUCUUAUAAAUAGAUAUGUUUAUGGUUUGUCAAAAAAAAUAUAAUAAAUGUUUAAAUAAUAUGUUUGAUGUUAUUUGGACUUGAGCGACUUUUAGGGAGUCAAUAAAUGCCUACCAGAGUUGUUAAGCUCUUCGAACAGAAACCUCAUUUAAUAUCAAAUGGUGCUAUGAAAACCCCUUCAGUACUCUAUAUAUAUGUAUAUAUAUAUAUUUGACGUAGGAACCGCUUUAAGCGAUUAUAGCCGAAUACACCAGAGCGCGCCACUCAUUCCUCCUUUUUGCUUUUUGGCGCCAACUGGAAGCACCAUAUGACGCCAGGUCACUUUCCAAUUGGUCUUUCCAUCGGAGUGGAGGUCGUCCUCUUCCGCGGCUUCCUCCAGCGGUUACUGCAUCGAACACUUUCAGAACUGAAGUAUGUCUAUGUCGUCGUAUAAAUCGUACAGCUCAAUGUUCCAUCGUCUGCUGUAUUCGCCGUUGCCAAUGUUCAGAGGACCAUAAUCUUGCGCAAAACCUUUCUCUCGAAAACCCCAAGAGUCGUCUCAUCGGCUGUUGUCAUCGUCCACGCUUCAAUACCAUACAUCAGGAAGGGUAUAAUAAGCGACUUAUAGAGUUUGAUUUUGGUUCGUCGUCGAGAGGAUCCUUAACACGUUUGCAGUGGUCGUCAUUAAAAGUGGGGUUUCUCUUCCGAGGCUCUGUUUGGUCUUUUAUUGGGAAGUUUUUUUAUGUGGUGGGUCGCAAACCCUACGCACAACCACAGAAGCGCGCUUCUCCGUCGUGAGCUUUAGCUCCACCUUCAAAUAGAUGUCUGUUGGCUACCCAGAGGAAACUUGGUCUAAAACCGGAAGUCGUGAGCUGCUUGAGUCAUAUGCAAAGGAAUCGUUCUUGGCCACUCUCAAGUGAAUGGCAAUCAGAAACUUUCCUCACAUGCGUGAACUUCUACAUAUUACCCCAUCCUUCUGUACUCUACUCUUAACAAAUUCGUUUCCAAAAGCCCCUCCGGAGAUUUUUAUGUGGUAAAUAUUUGAACUGUGUUUCGAGGACUGAAACUUUCUCCUAAUCUCCGGAAAUAUUAAAAUAUCCCUUAAAUGUUACAAAAGGUCAUAAAGGGAAAGAAAAUAAUGAUGUAUCUUCUAUCUUGUUCCAAGACCAGUCUUGAUAGAUUAUUUAGCUACUUGGCGCUUCAUUGGUGCUAGUUCACUCAAGGAUAUGAGCUUUGUGUAUCAUUACAUUAUCAUAUUAUUAAAUGAUCUUAACAAUGCCAGAUAAACAUGUUAACUAAUGGUUCUAUUAAGCUACCAAGUCGGAGUAACUUCUUUCAAAACGUCUUAAAUAAUUGGUUGAUAUUAACGAUAUUGUCGGAUCGAUUUCUUUUGUCUUAAGAACCCUUUUUACGGUUGGUUUUUAUGUUAGAACUCAUAUCAUCAUGGCCUAUGCAGUAUUCAGAGAUUCCCAAACUUAGAACUUCGUAUGAAAUAUAAACAGAAAUUAGAUCCGAAUUCGUUUCGUCUGCUUUCUUCAUAUAGGUUCCCGACCUAUGUAGAAUGAUAUAAAGUCCCAAAGCAGAUAGUUCUUGAGAGUGACGAUAAUUCAUUUAAAAUAAGACACUAAAAAAAUUGUCUUUAAUUUUAACAAAUCCAACACACUGAUUAAGUACUUAGUGGCUAUAUUGUGUCAAAAACGAGUUAGUAAUCUAACCGCGCUUUGCAUACGACUAUACUUACGUACCUAUUGAACAACCCUUUACAAGUUGUAUAUUUCCCUCCCCUUUUGUUGUGUGUUUUCUUUCUCACUGUAU